CUGUCUUAGAAUUUUAAAUGAUUCACACUACAAGAACUGUCACCAUUAAACUUCUAGGCUACGACUUGCUCCUGAAAUCCAAACUCAUAAACAACUACACGUGUAGUAUCUCUAUAGGGUGUCUAAUAGGCAUCUACAUUUCAACCAGCUCUGCAAGUUCAAAUUUCUGACCUCCCUCUCUCCAAAAAUACUUUACUCACAGCCUUCACUGUUUCAGUUAAAGACACUGUCCAUUAGGUGAAACAUCCACAAAGGUGUAACAAGCAGCUGUUCACAGGUAUGGGGGAUUCAGAAGUCCUGGUUUUAGAGUUUUCAGCUGUCCACGGUACAAAUAAUCCCACCAUGGCCUAGUUCAAGCUGUCGACAUAAGGUCACUGAACCAGAAUCAGGAAGAGUUGGCAGCAUUCCGCUCCCAUAGUCGGUUGCCUAACCCCUCCUGCACAUCCCUGGUAUACUUUUACUUAGUAGGUCACCCCAAAAUACUUAAAGUCACUUAUGAUUUCUCUUAUGAUUCUUUUAUUAUUCUCUCAUUUCCAAUCUCUUAUCAAGUUCAGCAGUCAAUGCCCAGUAUAAACUCUGCAUCCCACCAUUUCCCGCUAUCACUCCAGUGCACACUGCCGUGAUCGCUGACCAAGGUAAUACAACAUCUUCUUGGCUGUCUUUCUAAUCUUCCCUCAUCUGUAGCAUACUCUCUAACCCUGUGGCUAGAAAAUUAGGUCAGCAUGCCAUUUCCCUCCUAAAAUCCCAUCCUCAACUGUCCCUCUCCUAACAAGGGUCCCAUCCAUUUUCUCCUGGCUCUCUUUGCCUCUGUCUAACACCCUGUAGUGCCCAGUCCAUUCCCACUCCAGCCCCUACCCUUGGCCUCACCGCAGUCUGGAACUCUCCCUCUGCCUCUGCACAGAAGGCUCUGCUUUUUCCUCCAAGCCCUGUCCAAUGGCACUUCUUCAGAUUGCUCUGCCCAAGGAGCCAGAGCCCCUGAGGCUCCCUCUGCUGCUGUCUCCCUCAGGCAUGUGGACUACUUCCCCGACACCAGCCCAAUGCUACUUGUUUCAUUUGCUCAUUGUGUAUGUCCUGUGUGACUGCCCCAUGGGGAUAUGAGUCCCACAAAGGCAGGGACCGUUGCUCUCCGUCCUCUUUACUGCUGAUCCCCAGCUCCUGGCAUGCCGCCUGCCACAGACAAUGAAUAAAUGAAAGAGGUGACAGACCUGGAGUAAAAAGAAUGUUACUUUUCCAGACAAAAGGGGAGGAUCUGUAGAAUCACGUAAAAACUAGGGAUGUGUGACAAUGGAGUGGAGAUAAGAGUGUUCAACUCCAAUAGCCACCUCUAUUUUCUCAGAUUAUAUGAUGUAGAAAGGAGGCAAGUCAACAAGGCCUCACUUAGUCUGGCUUUCCUGCUGCGCACAGCAUGGCAUGUAUAGGUGAACUAUAAAAGCGAAAUCAAAUGAGAAUUGUAAAGGGCAGCAAGAUGAUACAAAAUGAUGAGUGCGAGAAAUCUGUGAAUGUUUAUUCUACUGUUGUACUUACUACAUACCAUCGUUAUGCCAAGAGAUACAUACGUAGAUUUAUUGUGUAAUCUGACCUGAUAUAUGUUUCCAUGUGGUAAGUCCUUCUGUUUCGUGAAAUGAAUAAUUCCAUAGAAACUGAUUCAUACAUAGCUGUCUCACCGGGAUGAUGGGACAAAACACACCUAUCUUGCAACUGAGCCUCUUCAGUUGGUUUCCAGGUGCUAGCGUCACUCACAAUGUCUGUGAAGAAAAGGUUAAAAAUGGCCAACCAACACCCUAUAAUGUCUUUCCAACUGUUCCAUCAGCGCUUAUUAAUAUUACAGCAGCUGGUAUUUCAUCCCUGGGUUUCGGCGAUCAGUAUGCUGCGGUGACUCACAACAUCCAUGAAGAGAAGAUGAAUAACGGCCAACCAGCACCUCAUACCGUCUGUUCAACUGCUCCACCAGGUCUUGGUAAUUUGGCAGCCCCUAGAAUUUCAUCCACGAGGACCAGAGAUCUGUAUGCUACUGUCACUCAAAAUGUCCAUGAACAGAAGAUGGAAAAUGGCCAACCCCAAACUGAUAAAGUCUUGUCAACUGUUCCACUAUGCCUUGGUCAUAUGACUGCAGCUGGUAUUCCAUCCAUGAGUAUCAGGGAUCUGUAUGCUACCGUCACUCACAAUAUCAAUGAAGAGAGAAUGAAAAAUGGGCAGCCCCAACCUGGUAACGUCUUGUCAACUGAUUCCACAGGGCUUUGUAAUAUGGUAGCAACUGCUAUUCCGGCCAUGAGUCCCAGAGAUCGCUAUAUGUCCGCUUAUAAGUUGUACUGUCCUACUUGCUUUUCAUAUGCAUGCAUAGUGCCUUCUGAAGGGAAGCAGGUGGUUUUCUUGUAUUAUAUUUUCUGAACUAAAUCUGAGUGGUCCCAGAUAUAUACACCACCUUAUAUAUCCUCCUGCUUUAUGAAAUAAUUUCAUGGAAAGUGAGCAUCAGAGGGAUAUACUUAUGGUUUGCCUAAUGCACUUACCUCACAGCUCAACCUCUUCCUUUGAU